AGAGCGGAGGAGAGGGUGAGCAAGUACCUGAAAGUAGGUAAAAAAUAUCGCUGUAACUUCUAACCGGGACUAAAUUAUACAAAAUAAGCUUCUCAGUUAUUCAAAUGGAAGCUUAUGUGUGCCUGUGUCGCUUGGUUUAUCAGAGAGAGGAACUUUAUUCGGAGAUUCAUCAGUGCAGUAUGCCUGAGGACAUGGCGAGGCCUUUAAUCCGCGACAGAGGCGAAGCAGGAGGCUCCAGACAUCUGGAAGCCUCAAUGUCUGACGCUCCCGUGGUCGGCAUCGUGGGGACGGGCGACUUCUCCCGCUCGCUGGCCAGGAGGCUGGUGUCCUCGGGAUACCAGGUGGUGGUGGGGAGUCGAAACCCCAAGCGCUCUGCGGCUUUGUUCCCCGAAGAGGCCGAGGUGACCUCUCAGAUGGAGGCUGCCGGUCAGGCGGACCUGGUGUUUGUGGCUGUUUUCCCCGAGCAUCACUCCACGCUGCUAGAGCUGAAGCCCUCGCUGGCUGGAAAGACGCUGGUGGACGUGAGCAACAGUUUGAGAAUCAACCCUGACGGGCCUUCGAACGCCGAGCAGCUGGCCGACCUGUUUCCAGAGAGCGACGUGGUCAAAGGGUUCAACACCAUAUCAGCCUGGGCGCUGCAGAGAGGACCUCGGGAUGGAAGCAGACAGAUCUUCCUGUGCAGUAACAGCAGCAAGGCCAAGAGCUCAGUGAUGCAGCUCUGUCGUAGGCUGGGCUUCAUCCCGGUCGAUAUGGGCCUCCUCUCCUCUUCUCUGGAGAUUGAAAACCUCCCGCUGUAUCUCUUCCCUUCCUGGCGCACCCCCAUCCUCUGCACCCUGUUUCUCUUCAUCUUCUUCUACCUGUACAACUUCCUGCGGGACGUCCUGCAGCCCUACGUCACGGCGAGGAAGAGCGUCUUCUACAAAAUGCCCAUUGAGAUGGUGAACGUCACUCUGCCCUCCGUGGCCUUGGUGAUGUUGGCGCUGGUUUACCUGCCCGGUCUGUGCGCCGCCUUCCUCCAGCUGUGGUCGGGCACCAAGUACAACCGCUUCCCUGGUUGGCUGGACCGCUGGCUGAGUAGCAGGAAGCAGUUUGGACUGUGCAGCUUCCUGUGUGCAGCUAUGCACGCCAUCUACAGCCUGAGCCUCCCCAUGAGGAAGUCUGCACGCUUUAAACUGCUCCUCGCUGUGAAACAGAUGAAGGAGGGGGACGAGGUGUGGGUGAAUGAGGAGGUGUGGAGGAUGGAGCUGUACGUGUCCGCGGGCAUCAUGGCGCUCGGACUGCUCUCUCUGCUGGCCGUCACCUCGCUGCCCUCCGUCGCCAAUUCUGUGAACUGGAGAGAGUUCAGCUUCAUACAGUCCACAGUAGGUUACUGCGCCCUGUCCAUGGCCACCGUCCACACUCUGCUCUACGGCUGGGGCCGAGCCUUCGAUCCGGCCCAGUACCGCUUCAUGAUGCCGCCCACCUUCGCCCUGGUGCUGGUUCUGCCCUCCGUGGCUCUGCUGGGCCGCCUGGCUCUCUUCAUGCCCUGCGUGGCCCGGCGGCUCGCGCAGAUCCGCCGCGGGUCGGAGAAGAGCCGACACAUCCGCUUCAGGCUGCCCGACGACGACUGCCGCAACGGGCUGGAGGACGUCAGCAACGUGUGAGACACACUGAUAAAUUGUAGCUCCAGACUUAAGGGUGUGAACGCAGAGCGCAUUAAGUGUGCACUCGCACUCAGGAGGUAAAUGAUUCAUAGUGAGGGCUCCUCUCUCCAUCUUCAGGGAUGUGUGUGAGCUUCUUUCUAACCAAAUAACCUGAUCAGUCCUGAUGAAGUAGAGCUAUGGUAAUCAAACUUAUUGCACUAUGCAUCGUCACUAAUGAGUGUUUAGCUUUAAUUUAUUGUUUUGUGUCGUUAAAGCUUCAACAAGACACGUUUAAUGUAUGCUGUUAUACUCCUAAUGACCUGCUGAAGGCUUCACAGCUGAAGCAGGGCAACAGGAUUUAGUAAGAGUCUUUGAACGUCAAGACUGCUGCAAAGAUGUCCGUUCCGACACUGUUUCGAUGUCUUUUGAUGUGACGUCAGGUCUUGGACAUCUUUGACAUUCAGAUAAUAUAGUUAUUUAACCAUUUUGGGAAUGUGUGAAAGUAAUUGUGGUUGGGAUGAAACCACAUGAACACACCUGGUUACAGAAAAAGCUGCAGAAUGCCUUUCAGAAAGUCUAUGCAAAGAGAGCUGUAUGUGUCAUGGUUACGGUCUGCUUCCUCAGAUUGAUAAUGUGCAUCAGAUCUGAUCAUAUUAGAACUGUUGCAAAAAAGUCGGCCCUUUUAUACAUUUUAUUCAGUCUCUGACUCAGGUUUUGUUAUCUCUUGGUGCCAACUGGAAACUGAAGCUGUGUGCGGUAUUACAUUAUUUUCUGUGUUGUUUUUACGUGUUAACCUGACCUGCUGAUGUGCACCCAUCAAACACAAUCCACCUUAAAUAUGAAAAGGCUGUUACAAAACUUUCCUACAUUGAAAACCGUUUUCUGCUUUCUUGAGUUUAUGUUUUAUUAGUGGCCAAAGAUGAUUCUCUCUGUUAGAUGUUUUGUGAAUCUAAGUUAUCUUUAUAGUAGAGUACUGUAUGUUUUUCUAUCACAUAUGUGUGAAUGUAAAUAAUUCAAAUGGACAUUUGUAGAACAUAGAAUAAAUCCUUUUUUCUACAAC